UGACUCAGUAUUACACUGUACUACACUUGAAUUGAUGUUUUGUUGAACUCAGCUUGCUGGCCAUGAAUUAUAUGAAGAGCCUUUGCCAUCUGGUGGAAUAAUUACUGGAGUUGGACCUGUGCAUGGAAAACUAUGUAUGUUUGUGGCAAAUGACCCCACUGUGAAGGGUGGAACGUAUUAUCCCAUCACUGUCAAGAAACAUCUAAGGGCACAAGAGAUUGCAGCUAAAUGCAGACUGCCCUGCAUGUAUCUCGUGGACAGUGGGGGUGCUUUCCUUCCAAAGCAAGCUGAGGUGUUUCCUGACAAGGAAAAUUUUGGUAGAAUUUUCUACAAUCAAGCACUGAUGUCAGCUGAAGGCAUUCCCCAAAUUGCACUGGUACUAGGUUCUUGCACAGCUGGUGGGGCUUACAUACCUGCAAUGGCGGACGAAAGUGUAAUGGUCAGAGGAAAUGGAACAAUAUUUCUUGCUGGACCUCCACUUGUGAAGGCUGCUACAGGAGAAGAGAUUUCUGCAGAAGACUUGGGGGGUGCAACCGUGCAUUGUAGAACUUCAGGUGUUUCAGAUUACUUUGCUCAAGAUGAACUGCAUGCACUUGCUAUAGGGAGGAAUAUAAUUAAGAAUUUGCACAUGGCUGGGGGUGUAAAUGAUCAUCUCGUACCUGAUUACAAAGAGCCAUUGUAUGAUGUAGAAGAACUUCGUUCUAUUGCACCAACAGACCUCAAACAGUCGUUAGACAUCCGAUCUAUUAUAGCUCGCAUUGUAGAUGGAAGUGAAUUUGAUGAAUUCAAGAAAUUGUAUGGCACUACACUUGUAACAGGUUUUGCAAGAAUUCUUGGGCAACCUGUUGGGAUUCUUGGAAACAAUGGCAUAUUAUUUAAUGAAUCUGCUUUAAAAGGAGCUCACUUUAUCGAAUUAUGCACUCAACGUAACAUUCCCUUGAUCUUUCUCCAGAACAUCACGGGAUUUAUGGUUGGCUCAAAAUCUGAGGCCAGUGGUAUAGCAAAAUCUGGAGCUAAAAUGGUUAUGGCAGUUUCUUGUGCAAAGGUACCCAAAAUUACAGUUAUCAUUGGAGGAAGCUUUGGAGCAGGAAACUAUGCAAUGUGUGGACGUGCAUACAGCCCUGAUUUCAUGUUCUUUUGGCCAAAUGCCAGAAUAUCUGUGAUGGGUGGAGUUCAGGCUGCUGGGGUGCUGGCUCAGAUAGAAAGGGGAAACCGGAAGAAGGCUGGAAAACAGUGGAGCAAGGAAGAGGAGGAAAUUUUCCGGACCAGAGUUGUGGAGGCAUAUGAGCGAGAAGGCAGUGCAUAUUAUUCCACAGCCAGACUUUGGGAUGAUGGCGUCAUCGAUCCUGCUGAUACAAGAAAAAUAUUAGGCCUUUGCAUUGCUGCAUCCAUGAACCGCAAGCCAGAAAGUACACAAUAUGGUGUUUUCAGAAUGUAAUGCUACGAACUAAUGAUGAAUUGCCGACCAUUAUCUCGUCGUUCAUCCUCGAAGACUAGCUGCAUGGAGGGUUGAACCUGUCGUUCCAAGAAUGGAAAAGAAACAUAGUAGCAUCGCUUAGAGGCCCAAGAUAUUUAGGUUCGAUUUUUGCAGUUCAGAUGCCGGAUUUGAUGGUCUGAACUUGUAAAUUUCUGACUUGUAAAAUCUGAUGAAAAAAUAUCUUUCUUUUGGGCAGCUGGUAAUGUGUAUUGUGGAUGGAAGAAAAGUUGAAACACAUUGUACAUGUGAAAUAAUUUGAUGCUAAUAUAGUACAGGUUCAAUUUCAUAUUA